CAAUCAGCUGCAGGGGCGGGGCGGGACUUCCUGCGCGCGUUGAAGCGGUUCGACCCGCCGGCUCUCCGGUCCCGGCUCCGUGGUAGCGGCGGCGGUGGUGGCAGCGUCUCCCUGCGGAGGCGCGCGGGGCCAUGACGUCGGCGUCCACAAAGGUCGGAGAGAUCUUCUCCGCGGCGGGUGCUGCCUUCACGAAGCUCGGGGAGCUGACGAUGCAGCUGCAUCCCGUGGCCGACUCUUCCCCGGCGGGUGCCAAGUGGACGGAAACGGAGAUAGAGAUGCUGAGGGCUGCUGUGAAGCGAUUUGGGGACGAUCUUAAUCACAUCAGCUGUGUCAUCAAGGAACGGACAGUGGCUCAGAUAAAGGCCACUGUGAAGCGCAAGGUAUAUGAAGACUCUGGUAUCCCCCUGCCAGCUGAGUCACCCAAGAAAGGCCCCAAGAAGGUGGCAUCUGGUGUCUUGUCGCCUCCUCCAGCUGCCCCUCCACCAAGCAGCUCCAGUGUCCCAGAGACCGGGGGUCCCCCCACAAAGAAACAAAAGGCUGAUGUGACACUCAGUGCUUUGAACGACUCCGACGCCAACAGUGACCUGGUGGAUAUUGAAGGGCUAGGAGAAACUCCUCCAGCCAAGAAACUCAACUUCGACCAGGACAGCCUGACCCUGGAUUCUGGCCUUCUCAUGACCUCUGCUGAUUUUCCUCUGCUCUCUUGCUGAGCCUUCCACCUCUGACCCCUCUCACUGUUCAUCCUGGAGCUGUGGAUCACCUGGGACUCUGAGCAAGGCCUGCAUGAAAGAGGGUCGAAAGGCUGUUAGGGCUGCCCACCUUGUUCCAGUAUAAGCAUCUGCCUCCGACCCCUUUGAUCUCCAUCUGAUGGACAUUUUUAUACAGAAAACAAUAAAGAUCUCUCUCUCUCAGCUUG